AUGAAGGACUAUAUAGCAUAUUUUUUGUUGCUGAUAAGUAUAUUGGCACCUGAAGUUCAUUCAAAGAAGUUCAAUGUGGUAUGCUAUUAUGCCAAUUGGUCUCAGUAUCGUACAGGAAAUGGACAGUUCUUUCCAGAAGAUAUCAACCCUAAGAGUUGUACACACGUCAUAUAUUCCUUUGCUCAUAUCUCUGGUAAUAGACUGAUACCAACUGAAUGGAAUGAUGAUACUCAAUAUCCUAGAGGAAUGUAUUAUCGAGUUUUGGAUCUGAAGAAAUCGAAUCCCAGUUUGAAAAUUCUGCUAGCCGUUGGAGGAUGGAGUAUGCCAGUCAAAGAUUUUUCUAAAAUGGCAUCCACUUGGGAAAACCGACGUGAAUUUAUAGACACAAGUAUUGAAUACUUGAGAAGAUUUGGUUUUGACGGAUUAGAUUUAGAUUGGGAAUACCCAGCUAAUCGCGGCAGUCCACCAAUCGAUAAAAAACGGUAUACGUUUCUCGUGAAGGAGCUGAGGGAAGCCUUUGAGAAAGAGGGACGUGAAACAGGUCGAGAUAGACUAUUAAUAACAGCAGCAGUACCUGCACCUCAAACUAUUGUUGAUAGAGGAUACGAAGUAGCUGCUAUAGGAAAGAGUCUGGAUAUGAUAAAUUUAAUGGCCUACGACUUCCAUGGUGGUUGGGAUGAUGUCACGGGACACAAUGCUCCACUGUUUGCUUAUCGUGGAGAUCCCACACCAACUCUGACAGUGGAAUAUACAGCAAAGUAUUGGGUUCAGGAAGGUGCACCUAAAGAGAAAAUUAAUAUUGGUAUGCCGAUGUAUGGUAAAACGUUUACACUAGCAAACAAAUAUAAUACUGGAUUAGGUGCUCCAGUUACUGGACCUGGUAGAAAGGGACCUUACUCACUGGAAUCUGGCCUUUUGGUCUUCUACGAGAUUUGUGAUGAGGUUUUGAAUAAAUACCAGACCUUACAAGAUGACAAUAUGAAAGUACCAUACGCUGUUUCUGGAGACCAAUGGGUUGGCUAUGAUGACCAGAAAGCUAUAGCAGCUAAGUUAGAUUGGUUAUUAAAAGAAGGGUUUGGAGGAGGAAUGAUAUGGGCCCUUGAUUUAGACGAUUUUUCUGGUGGUUUCUGUGGAAGUCCGUAUCCGCUACUUUCUGUCAUCACCAACUGUCUAUUGGCUGGAAAAGGGCAAGUAUUGAUAAUUUAA